AGGAGCCAAUGAUUCCCACAAUCCUCCAGCAAUUACCCAGCAUCCUCCAAUUGCCAAAUCUGGACUUUUUCUAAAGUGCACCUCAGAAGCAAAUGAGAGGCACACCCAGGAUGAUUCCGCUCUUUAUUCCGAAACCAAAGGAGACUUUUAACAUUGGUCCAAGAAAACUGCGAGAGCGUCCAAUAUCCUGGCAUCAUACGAAGGACUUAGAAAGACGUCGUUUGGAACUUGUGCAGGAGUCGCAGAAUCGGGAGAACAAUGGAGUAAAUAUGAAUAUGGAACGUAAAAAUCAAAAUUCAUUUCAUCAAAGUCUAGCUUCUCAAGGCAACAAUCCCAGUGGUCAACAUAGAGAUUAUAUCAACUAUUACCAAAUAGAGACAUCAAUGGCUAACGCAGGGGACAGUUACGAGAAACCCCCUCCUGAUUUGAGCAACACAUGGCACGGAAUGUCGGGGUCGCAAUCAACGCCAAAUUUCCAAGAGAAUUUAGACAGUCCACAACCAGUACCGCCUCCAAGGCGUAAGAAAAGUGGAGUGUAUGAUAAACUUUCGUCAACAUCUGGAUUGAAUUUUAGCCCUAAACAAGUGGACAAUAGGUGGCCCCACCAUCAAGGUGAUGAGUCAUCACAUGGCAGUCAUUUUGGAUCGAGUGGGGACUUGUACAAAUACCAACCAGGAAUUCAUUAUCAAUCUCCUCUUACUGUUAAUACAAAUCUUAACCCUGGUGUCGUUGUAAACCAAAGUCUUUCUAGUCCCAAUCUGGCAAAUAAAGAAGCAUCUCCGCCAGUUAUACCAUCCCGUCCCAGCUACUUAAAUUACACGUCCCCAUUGCCUGGUCCCCCUUCUUCACCUCCAGCUCCACCAGUUAGAGAUGCCUCCAGUCUUAAAUAUAGUAAAAUUAAUCAACCAGGUCAUGAGAAAAUGCCAUCUUGGCCCGAGGCGGGAUCUGGGCAACCUGGGGGGGAGUUCAGUGACACAAUCAAUAGUAGGGCGUCAUCUUGGGCCGAAAACAGCGAUACUGCCAAUGAAUUCCCCAGUAAACCGAAAAUGGCGCAAGUUCCUUCUCAAUCUAGAACCCCAACUUCACCCUACCAGGCAUUCCAACCAAAGUUAAGAACAUGGACUGAGAAAAAUAGUCCCCUUGCUGAUCGGAAACUAUCUGAUAAUGAGUUGAAAAGUCCAAAAUCACCCAAUUUCCAAUAUCAUGAAGCGAAAGUUGCCAAAGUUUUUCGAGGACGGGAAAGUGUAGAUAAGUUGGGUUCUACAUACCCCAGUGAUUCUGCCAAAGAUGGAUUAGACUUGGAUAAGUUCUAUAAGACUGAGCCUGGCUAUCUAAUGCCCAAAUAUGAUCACAAUGGCAAGGGAUUUGGAGAUAAAGAUUAUUCCGUCCCUUCACCCCCUGAACGGGACAUUCCAAUUUCACAAACGGGCCAAUUAAAUCCAGGGAUGCAAAUUGGAAGUCAGCAGACAUCGCCAACUAAAGCAGCAGAUGACAGUGACAAUAUUCAAGAUCUCCUUCAGCAUUAUACUGAGUCACUACAGCAACAACUGGAUGCUGAGAGUCCUACCCAUAAGCCCUAUUCAACAGCUAAAACCAAUGAAAGUCCUACCCAUAAGCCCUACUCCAUGGCUACAUCAACUCCAAUAACCAGCACAAUACCCAUGAUUCCCUCAAGUCAGCCUCAUUCUGACAAAUCAAAGAUGGCGGAGAAAUCCAAUAAGACAGACAAUUAUUGUUAUCUUGGGAAUACCCCUGAUCCACCAGGUGGAACUUAUAUCGUAAAAAAUACUCCAUAUUAUAAUACCAGCACUCAGACUGAUGUUAAACAACAGGAGGCCACAAGACAGCUCAACAAAUAUGAAUCUGACCAAGCAUUAGGUAAAAUUGAGGUUCAAGUAGACCAAAGCCCUCCACAUAAUAAAAAGUUCAUAGAUAAAGCAGUUGGAAUGUCACCAAUAGGUGGCACUGUGACUGAAAAUGAAAACAAUCGUUUUAUUGAUAAAGCAGUUGGGCAAUCACCACCUAGUAAUACAGAAGGAUCUACAAGCAAAGGAUUUAGCUACGAUAAAGCACCAGGGAGAACAGUUAAUCCUGAUAAAUAUCGCUAUAAGGAUUCUGAUAGAUUAUACAGUGUGGAAAGACAGGCCAAUUACAAGCAAACAGAUUUAGACAUUGCUGAUCCAAAAAUGAGGCCACAACAGAUGGACUCGAAACAAUACAUUCCAGACAAUAAUAAAUUUGAGCGUUCUAAAUCUGAGAGAUGGUCGGAUUAUCCUGAUUAUUCUGGACAAUUUGAAAGAUCAAAAUCUGAGCGCAGAUCAGAUAGUAUGGAUGCUUAUCGAUCAGGAAUUCCUGAUCAGAAGUCUGACAUCUCUAAAUAUGCGAGACAAUCUAGUGCAGAGAGGAAGUCAAUUGAGACUGCUUAUGGGAGGCAGUCUAGUUUGGAGCGAUCUCAACCUAAUCCAUCAACAGAUGACAUACAUAAUGACUAUGUCCCAAUGGACAAUAUCCUGUCAAAAACUCAACCUGAAAAUUCUAGUUCAAAUUACUCAAAAUCCGGAGAGAAAUUUCAACACCCUAAUCUACCAUCAAAGAUUCUUGACACUUCAACCACCCCUGCUUUUGCUAGUAAAUACUACAGCAGCCCGCGAGGACAGGAUGUAAGGAGGACAAAUAUUUAUAAAUACAUGGAUUAUGAGAAUAUUGCAACGGCCCAGGAUUACCAAAAUGUGGGGAGCUUGGAAAAGAUUGGGAGUCAAGUCCCAGAACCCAUGGUUUUGCCAAAGAAUGAAAAAUCAGACCCUUCACCUAAAGUUUCGGAGGCGGGUCCAAACUUACUGAUUCCAUAUCAUAAAUACACUGACAGUCAAGCUCCAUUGUUAAGAAAAUUAUCUGCAGAAUUUUACCCAGAUAUUUAUCGAAAUCAGGCUGGGCAAAAGGAGAGGCCUAAAUCAGGGUCCAGUCAAAAUGGUAGACCAAAUUCUGGGACCAGUCAGAAUGAGAGACCAAAAUCUCAAACUGUGGAAAACCCUGUCGAAAUGGUACAACCAAAAAUCAAGUCAAAAUCUGCGUCAGAUUAUGAGCAGCCAUUGUCAUGGCAACAGCAUACCCAACAAUCAAGAUCCCUUGAACCCAAAGAUGAAAAAUCACAAAUACAUAAAAAUUCUACAUCUUAUGAUCAUGGAGUUACAGUUACUCGUAAUUCAUCGUUCAAGAAAGCAUAUAAUGCUUACGAUAAUGGAAAGACUGCACCAGUUGAAGCAGGAGAUUCAACCAAUCAGCCGUGGAAUGUUGAUCAUCAUCACCAGUCUCUUGAGAUGCAUGGUCGCUCACAAUCAAUGUCUGAUGCCAGGGUAUUGUCAAGCCAAAACACCACAUAUAAACCAACUCCUUUAGCGAGUGUCUCCGAAACUAAAAACGGCAAGAAAAAAUCAAAAGAGAAAUUGAAAUCGCCAAGAGAGCCAGCUUCACCUGAUAAACAAAGUGGGUUACGACGAUUCUUUCCUGGGUUGUCCAAGCCUCAGAUUAAACGAACAUCAUCGGAACAGUUUCGACCAAUCAAGGAUCGUAUGAAGGAGCUUCCAAUUGACCGCCCACUCCCUCCUGAACCACAAGACAUAGAUAAACGUAACAAGAAUGGCAACCGUCCAAGAAGUAACUCAUUUGGGGAUCGGUUGACCCAUAAAAAGAAAAAUCGCCAAAAUUAUGUGGAUUAUAAACAACUGUCGACUACUGAUGACUCUAUGAUAAGAAAACCAUUGCCCCAGAGGCAGAAAGAAUCAAUACCUGACCCAGAUGAAACAAUUCGGAAAGUUCCAUUCACUAUUGAUCCUGAUGAGACCAUUCGAAAAGUUCCGUUUGUUGAUGGUCAAACGGAAGUUUCCCCUUCCAGAAAAGAUGUCAAGUCGUCUGAUCUUGAUACAAAGAAAUCUCAGCAGAAUGCUUUAUGGCAAUUCUAUGAGAAUAAAACCGGGAAACGAUUGAGCGGAAACCAUUCAGAGGCAGACCUGAGCUCUCUCGGGAAUCACCCUAGAGAGAGAUUACCAUCCCCAAUGAAAACUGACCAAUCAGCAAAAUCAUUGUCCCUACCACCAGGGACACGCCCACUUUCUGAUCAGUAUGAGUCAGAUCUAUUAAACACUAUAGCUGACCCAUCAAGCCCUGGUCCUUUGAAAGAAAAGACCUCGAGACCAUCGCUAAACCAGACCUACCCUCUCCCAGAGCAUCAAAAGCGUCCAUCAUCCACAUCACAAGAUUCCAGACAGAGUAGUAUAUCUUCGACAUCAAGUGGCGAGCGGAGCCCGGCUCCACCUACUUGGGAUCCUCGUGGACAGGUACUCCAUCCCGCGUUUCGCAAGACUAGUAAUAAGCUCACCCCCAAACAAAGGCGACAACAGAACUUAUCCAACCAGACAGCGGGGAGUGGAUACGAGACUAAAAGUGCUGAUAGUAGCCGUAGCAACACACAGACAUCAACUUCGACAACAUCUUCUGGCUUCUAUGAACAAGUCACCAAUUCGACAAGCACAACCUCUGUCAACCAAUCAAGUAGCGAGGCAAGCACGUACCAAGAGAGCUUCAAUAAAGCCUACACUUCGGAUGAGGAGGAUGCGCCACCUACCCUGCCCCCCAGGAACUACAAGCCACCUGCUAAGAGCCCAAAAAAUCAAGAAUCUUCUCCAAACAUGCCUUACAAUCAACAGUAUAGUCCAAAAUUCAAUGAGCAGUAUAGUCCCCAGUCUGAUCAAAAGAUGUCACCAGGGUACAAGGAUUCACGGCCACCUAGUGGUGGUGAAAUCCGUAGAGAUAUGUUUACGAAAGCAUAUGAGGAUUCACCAAGGGAAGCAGCGUAUGCUGACCAGUUGCGGAGACAAUAUCAGCGAUUGUCACAAUCGAGACUUAUCCCUGCAGUUACCACUCGCUAUCAACAGGGCUCAGACACUAAAACAAAUGUUGUGAAUUCACGCCCAGUUGAUUCACAGCCUGUCCCCUUGGAGGCAAGGCAACCCCCUGUCCCCUCCCCCAGCCAGAUCUCUCCUGAGAGACCACCCCCCACUGGGUACUACAAUGCUUACAAUCACCCUGGGGGACAACUCCGGGACAGCACUGGGAGCAAUAGUAAUCCAAAUAGUCCUAAUGACAGUUUCGAAUAUAAUGAAGGCAAGCAGAUUCCAGAGCCAAUGAUUGCCCCUACCCCACCCCCUAAGGAUACUAAACCACGUAGCAAUGACCCUCUCAGACCUCUCCCAAGGGCAAACAGCAAGCAAAAACUACCGGAACCCCAAGUUUCUCCCACACAUGCUCCUCCACCUCCUAAGAGGGCAGAGGACUACCACCAACCUCCUCAGGAUUCUCCUCUGACCCCCGGAACACCAGGAACCCCUGACAGCGUUUUCGGCGAGUCCUGCCAGCAGCAGCAACCAGAGCCAAUGACAGUUCCAGUAUCAACAACCAUUGGUUCAAACCACUCGUACCCCACUGACUCCUAUCUCUCACACAGAAAGAUCCCGAGACAAGGAUUUGGUGGCAACUACAAGCGCAACAACAGUGACGGGUUAAACUCCCCCACAACACCUACGUCACCCUCUAUGACAUCAUCAAAUGUGACGCAGUACACUUCAGCUACAUCACAAAAUACCACAGCUUCCUCAGAAAUGAGGUCACUCGGAAUGGAUAUUACGACAAGAAAAAGUGCCGCAACUUUGAUGAAUACAUCACCGACAAGCUCAACCAAUCAUGGGCAGUCCCAACCGUAUAAUAAACUUUCAGCACGGGUUUAUAUCGAUCAAUUGCCAAACAAUAAUGGACAUCAUAUGACUACACAGCAUAAUAAAGUCAGACCCCCAAGCAUGGAGGCUGGGGUGGUAGAGCCAAAACGGGCCCCUGUUAGUGCUCAUGUAAAGAACUUUCAGAUCAAAGCUGAGGAAUCGAAAUUGACCCCCAACAAACAAGGAGACAAAGCAUCGCUUAUUGGCAGGACUAAUAUUAUUAACAUUGCAGAGAAAUUUGGAGGUAGUAGAGAGAAUAUACGUCGCUCAAAUGAGAAUUUGUUGAAUAUAAGUGGUGGAUCAUCAAGUGAGAAUCUAACCAAGGACUCACACGCUGUCACCAAAUCUACAAGUAAGGAAGAUUUGGUAAGACAGUCCCAUGAACGUUCAUCAUCACAUGAUACGACUCCUAUGCGACGUCAACAGGGUUCAAUGGACCUUAGUAUGUCACAAGAGAUCACACCCAUGAAACGUCAACAGGCUACCAUAGAUUUAAACAAGCCCAAUGAUAGCUUAAUAAUAAACACUCCCUCCCCUAAACGAAAUCAGGAUUCAUCUACAAGUUUCGAUGAAACUCCGUCACCAAAUCAACAUGUUAGGAACAAUAGCUAUGAAUCACCUUUGCAGUCUCGACUUUAUGAACAUUAUGAAGGAAAGCCGGACUCAUUGAAGACAUACCAGGAUCAGAAUGAGGCUGAGAGCUCUCCAGUAGAGGAGAUUGUCAAAAGCUCUCCAGUGAAAGAGCUACAAAGCUCUCCUGUAAAAGAGGUGCAUAUACCUAAGAGCUCUCCUGUAAAAACAUUGUCCAAAUUCUCUCCUGUUUUGGAGGAUAAAAUCCAGAUCAGUCAUAAAAAGGACGCUAGUUACGACAGUGUUUGCAGUACAACUAGUGAUGGAAGUAUAAAACACAGUCGGCAACGAUCUCGUGAUGAAAUCGAAUGUGAUGAGGAAAUAUUGAAUCUAGCCAAUCAAAUUAAGGUAAAAGAUCGUAGAGUGUCCGCAAUCGUUGCCCCAACCCAGGAACUGCGUAUGACUACAGAUUAUGUUGGUGGAUUAUUUGAUAUUGAUGUUGAUCCACUAAGGAUAAACUCGAAGAGUCCUGAUAAAUCUAGUUCACCAAUAAGACGAGAUAGUCAAGAAUCCAGCAGUCGCUCAUUUGAUGGUGCUAACAGGAGCGACUCUAGCCUUUCUCCCUAUCUGUCAGCCCCUGAGGCUACUCGUGAUGAGACCAUCUCACGGGAUGCUGUCGACAGCUACGCGGCAGAUACACUGGAAAAACAAAAGGAGGAAUUGGUGACAACUCUACGUAAGAAGCUGACCAUUCUACAACAUGAGAAAGACAGCUGUGAGGCUGAUAUUAAACUCAAUGAUGAGCUGGGGGAGAAGGUAACCGAACUGGUCAAAAAGAAAUGUGCUCGCGAGAGUGAGUUUGAUAAAUACAAACUCUAUGUAGAUGAACUUGACAAAAUUAUGGUCCUCAUGUUGAAGUUGUCUGGAAGGCUAGCUAGGGCUGAAAAUGCGGUCAACAGUCUACCAGAAGAUGCUUCUAAAACUGAGAAAGGGCCACUAUUGUCAAAGCAUGAGGAACUGAGUAAGAAGAUGGAAGAUGCUAAAAUGUUAAAGGAAGGCAUAGAUAGACGAAGUCGCCAAGUCUCAAAAUAUCUUGUCAAUUAUCUCAAUGAGUUGGAAUUUGCAGAUUAUGAACAUUUUGUAAAAAUGAAAUCAAAAUUGCGAAUUGACCAACAGGAAAUAGAGGAUAAAAUCCAAAUGGGACAAGAGCAAUUAACUGAACUCUUAAAAAAUGUGAAUGUUAGUACAUAGUGUUAUACAUAAAUGGAGUAUAUGUACUAAAAUGUAAGUCUCGGACUGAAUAAAAAACUAAAUUUGAUUGAUGAAAACUGCAGGUCAGGUUUAUUAUUUAAAACACUGAAAACACCAAAUAUUUAUUUAAUAUUUUAUUGGACUAUGGAUGUUAAUUCAGUACAGACUAGUAGCAAAGAGAAUUGCCAUGGUAACUAUUCUGAUUCAUCAAUGUAGAAAUUGAUAGAUGAAAUAGCUAAUUUCAGUUAAUGUUAACAUUCUCAACUAGAGUUAGAAAACUUUUAACACGAAGUAAACCUAAAACAUGAGCUUAUAUUUUCCAUGUAUUUAUGAUUUUUAUGUAGAACUUUGUAGAUAACCAUUUUAAAUGAUCGCAUCAAGUAUGUCUUCAAUAUUGCUUUUUGAAAAAGUCAAGUUGUAAAUAUUAAUUCUAGAUAUUUUAUUUUUUCAGUUUUAGAAUCAAGAUUUAAAAUGUUUUUAUUAUUGUAUUAUUUAUUGAAUGCUUGGAUUAAAAAAACUGUAAAGAAAAACAGCUUUUGAAUGACUAUUUGCGGCAUCUACCAAUUACCUUCUCAUUUUACUACUGUAAUAUUUCUGUAGAUUGUAUAGUAUGGUUACCAUGGCAACAAUAACCUUUGAUUAUUGACCACAUCAUCAACUUUGGCUUUCUGCGUAAGCAAUGAUAUGAUUAUUUUUGUUACUAUAGCAACAAGGCUUUGUAUUAAGUAAUGUAUGCUUUUGUUUAAUAAAUGUACAUGUAUGUGUCCAGGAAAUAUGA